CCCAUGUGCGUACCUAUGGGUAGGUCUUUGCAAUCAAUGAGUGGGCAUUAGUAAGGGCGUUGGGAUUAUAUAUGAAGCGCCCCCUCUUGGAUAUUCGGUGUAUUUGAGUUCCGAGCAGGAGUCAGUGGCAGGAUGCUUCCAGUGGAGCCUUACGGUAUCUUUGCAUUGCAGUAGUUCUAUGUAAGAAGAGGCUACCGUCGAAACUCCAUUCGAAGCCGCUCGUAUGCGGCAGGAAGAAGCCGCAUCAUUCUCUCGUGCCCUAUUUAAGGACAAGCUUUAGUUUCGAAGCCCAUCAGGUCGUCCCCCUCUGUGCCGUCGUCGUGUAUCCUGAAAGUUACCAUGGUCGACUGGCACUCCCAAGAGACACUGAUGGCCAACGCUGAGGCAUUUAGCAAGUUCAUGCAUGUGCUCUUUGGGCUCUACAUAUGGGAGUUUGUCAGUUCGCUGGAUUUUGACUGGCAGUUUAUCUCGGGCAAGAGGCGAUUCCGAUGGCCACUGAUAUUCUAUUUUUCUGGUCGUUACAGUUUACUUUUCGCGCUGAUUGGCAUCGCCAUUGCGCUCAACGUGACGACCGAGGUUAAUUGUCAGGCACUAUAUACCUUCAACCAGGUCUUCGGCAAUACUGCUAUUGGCUUAGCCAGCAUUAAUCUAUCCUUGCGAACCAUGGCAGUCUGGUCGCAGAACAAAUACGUAGUGACUACCCUCGUUGUUAUCAUUCUGGGUCACUGGUCAUUCCUUCUUCAUGGUAUCUUGUUGAAGGCUGAAUGGGUGGAUGGUGCAUGUGCCAUCACCUACACGGACAAUCAAAUCCUCGCCAUCAGCUUCAUCUACUCCAUGGCAUUUGAUUUCACAGUCUUGUGCUUAACCGGCUGGAAACUGGCAUUCCCGGCUAACGGUCGCUCUAAACUCAUCAAACUUAUAUUUGGGGAUGGCUUGAUCUAUUUCGCUAUUGCGUUUUUGGCAAACUUGCUCGCGACGAUCUUCAUGCUCAUGAAUUUGAACGCAGUCAUGUCGAUCAUUGCGAACGUUCCUGCUGCCAUCGCAUCAACGAUCGUAGCAUGCCGCGUCGUGCGAAGGUUGACCAACUUUACAUCUCAAGGUCCAGAGGUUUUCACUUCCACUCAGGGCUCGACGCUCGCGUUUAGGAGCAACGCUAGCUCGAACCGUCGCUUCUCUGUCAAGAAAUGCGACAGUGUACACGUCCAGAUGGAUACAUUUGCCAGCCCCGAUCGCUUGGUCGAGUACGAUGCCACAGGCAAAAUCGUGAAAGGCGACGAAUUCGACCCUGAGGCACAAAUCAUCAGCAACGAGUUCAAACGCCCGCCCUACUAGCAUCGCGUCGUCUCGUAUGACGACCGCAUAUUUAUUCAAGCCGCACUUCGCAUCUCGCAUCCGCACUCGCAUCGCCAUCGUCGUUAAAGCAAGAGAUCCCACUUAUCAUUAAGAUUGCACAUUGCAGUGUCUGCAUUGCCUUUCCUAUAUUCUCAGUAAUCCUUCUGCGCAUCGUUCUUUGGACUUUCCAGUACCGUCCUUGCA